AUGGAAAAGUAUGAAAAAUUAGCUAAGAUUGGAGAAGGGUCUUAUGGGGUUGUAUUCAAAUGCAGAAACAAAACCUCUGGACAAAUAGUAGCUAUUAAAAAAUUUGUGGAAUCUGAAGAUGAUCCUGUUGUCAAGAGAAUAGCACUAAGAGAAAUACGUAUGUUGAAGAGAUGGUUGCAUAAAGUAGAAUACUCCCAGACAGAACACAAGUUUCCCAGACCCCCAGUUCCCCAGCGGAAAAUGCACCUGUCCGCCCUGCCCCUUCCACCUCUGCCCCCGCCCUUGCUUCUGGAGCUCCAUCCUAGGAGUUCUCAUUUACUUUUUCAUGUUUUUUUUCUCAGCAUUACUGAUGGAGUGAUCAAAAGUGUAUUAUGGCAAACACUGCAAGCGCUUAAUUUCUGUCAUAAACAUAACUGUAUUCACAGAGAUGUAAAACCUGAAAAUAUUCUAAUAACUAAACAAGGAAUAAUCAAGAUCUGUGACUUUGGGUUUGCACGAAUUCUGAUUCCAGGAGAUGCCUACACUGAUUACGUUGCUACAAGAUGGUACCGAGCCCCUGAACUUCUUGUGGGAGAUACUCAGUACGGUUCUUCAGUCGACAUCUGGGCUAUUGGUUGUGUUUUUGCAGAGCUCCUGACAGGCCAGCCACUCUGGCCUGGAAAAUCAGAUGUGGACCAACUUUAUCUGAUAAUCAGAACACUGGGAAAACUAAUCCCAAGACAUCAAUCUAUCUUUAAAAGUAACCAGUUUUUCCACGGUAUCAGUAUACCUGAACCAGAAGACAUGGAAACUCUAGAGGAAAAAUUCUUAGCUGUUCAUUCUGUGGCUUUGAAUUUCAUGAAGGGGUGUCUGAAGAUGAAUCCAGAUGACAGAUUAACCUGUGCCCAACUCCUGGAGAGCUCCUACUUUGAUUCUUUUCAAGAGGACCAAAUUAAAAGAAAAGCACGUACCGAGGGAAGAAACAGAAGACGUCAGCAGAAUCAACUGUUGCCUCUCAUACCAGGAAGCCACAUCUCCCCCACACCUGAUGGAAGAAAACAAGUCCUCCAGUUAAAAUUUGAUCAUCUUCCAAACAUUUAGGAAAAUGUUCUUUGAAGUGCAAAGUAAUUUAAUAUAUACACAUUUUUGUACAAGCGAGAUAGGAAUUCUCAGUGUUUCAAAUGCAAAUGAGCCAUAUGAAAAUUAAGAUGCCUUCUAGAAUUGUUUUGCUCUGAUCAUUGCUGAUUCCUUUUCCCGUGCUUUUUACAUGCCAACUUUAUCUUUUAGAACAUUUUCUUUAAAUGUUAUAAAGCCUGAAACUGCACAUAUGGAGGAGACAUUUUCAAUUUCAUCAGAGCAGCCCCUCCUGAGGCAAUUUAUAUUGAGAAUUUGUGGGCUCAUACGUUGACUUAUGAAAAAGAUUUACAUACAGCAUCUUGCUAUAGCUGACCACGUAAUAUCUAAAAGCAAUAUCAGAUAGCCUGCCUUGUUUUGUUUGUGUAAGGAAAUGACAGUAUAUGCUUGCAUUUUAAUUCACUCUUAUUGUAACCAGGUCUGCUGAGUAAUGCUGGUAUUUUAUUCUGUGUUUUCACAUAGGUGUAGGAAGGGAACCUUGAAAAGUUGUCUGGGGUUAUCCCUUCAUUCCAGGGCAGACUCUACUUUCUCUGUCUCGUAGGACAUUGACUAUGCUAUUUUUAAAGCUAUCUAGAGAAAAUGC